AUGGCUGAAGCAGGUGGCAUUGACCGCAAGGCCGAGGAGAGGAUGGAGUUCAACACCUCCAAGGAGGUCACGGUCCAUCCUACCUUCGAGUCCAUGUCGCUGAAGGAGUCUCUUCUUCGUGGAAUCUACGCUUACGGUUACGAGUCUCCCUCGGCUGUUCAGUCCCGUGCCAUCGUCCAAGUCUGCAAGGGCCGUGAUACAAUUGCCCAGGCGCAAUCCGGAACCGGCAAGACUGCGACUUUCUCCAUUAGUAUGCUCCAAGUCAUCGAUACGGCCGUCCGCGAAACCCAAGCACUCGUCCUCUCCCCAACACGCGAGUUGGCCACCCAGAUUCAGAGCGUCGUCAUGGCUCUCGGUGACUACAUGAACGUGCAGUGCCAUGCCUGCAUCGGAGGAACAAACGUCGGCGAGGACAUCCGCAAGCUGGAUUACGGCCAGCACAUCGUUUCUGGAACCCCUGGUCGUGUCGCCGACAUGAUCCGACGCAGGCAUCUGCGCACCCGCCACAUUAAGAUGCUGGUUCUCGACGAAGCCGAUGAGCUGCUCAACCAGGGAUUCAGAGAGCAGAUCUACGACGUGUACCGAUACCUCCCUCCCGCCACCCAAGUCGUCGUCGUUUCUGCUACCCUCCCCUACGAUGUGCUCGACAUGACAACCAAGUUCAUGACCGACCCCGUCCGCAUCCUUGUGAAGCGUGACGAAUUGACCCUCGAGGGUCUCAAGCAGUACUUCAUCGCCGUCGAGAAGGAGGACUGGAAGUUUGACACUCUGUGCGAUCUCUACGACACCUUGACCAUCACGCAAGCUGUCAUCUUUUGCAAUACCCGACGCAAGGUGGACUGGCUGACCGACAAGAUGCGUGAGGCCAACUUCACUGUCAGCAGCAUGCACGGCGACAUGCCACAAAAGGAGCGGGACAGCAUCAUGCAGGACUUCCGACAGGGCAACAGUCGUGUGCUCAUUUCCACUGAUGUGUGGGCGCGUGGUAUCGACGUCCAGCAGGUCAGUCUGGUCAUCAACUACGACCUUCCAAGCAACCGUGAGAACUACAUCCACCGUAUUGGCCGAUCUGGAAGAUUUGGACGCAAGGGUGUUGCGAUCAACUUCGUUACAAGCGAGGACGUGCGCAUUCUGCGAGACAUUGAGUUGUACUAUUCGACCCAGAUUGACGAGAUGCCCAUGAACGUGGCCGAUCUUAUUUCUUGA